GUUUAACAGCGCCACCAUCCAACAACUCCGUAUAAAAUUAUGCUCGUUUAUGAGUUCAUGCUCUUCUCCAUUCUUCAAUCUUCGCUCCGCAACCAGUGAAAUCCAGUCAGGACUAACCACAAGUUCAUUCCAAUUUCAUCAUCACUCAAAAUUGUUAAAUCACCGGGUACUCCUAAUAUAAAAUACUGAAAUGGCUGGUUCUGGAGAUUCACCUACCAGCAAGGCACUUGGCAAAUUUGGACUUCGUCCAAUCACAAAAUGUAGUUUAGCCAAAUUCUACGCACCUUCCUUUGGCGUAGGAGCCUACAUGGGACUCUCUGUCAAUGUCAUGAAUCCUAAUCUCCUUAUGAGAGUGUUCCCUAAGGUGGACCUCACGAACUAUUUGUUGGGAAGUGCACUGCUGGGGACAGGAUCGUAUCUCUAUACGAGGGAACACAUGAAAGUUGCACCCAUGGGGGUUCGGAUCACUUAUAGUAUAACUGGAGCACUUCUCUUGAGUUUCGGCUCUGUUCUGAUAUGGGCAGUACUACACUCAAUCAUCCCAUCUAAUCCAACAGUGUCCACAAUAGCUGGUCUAGGCACUGGCUUGGCUGCUGUCAAAAUUGGUCACAGCUAUCUUGAAUUCGUGGACAGUCAGAUCGUUAAGAAGUAAUAAACUCAAACGAUUACGAUAGGUGUUUAUGAGAUCAAAAAUUGACGACAACAUAAUUAUUAUGAACUAUAAUAAUAAAAUUCUUUAUUGUUGUGUACAA